AUGGGCAGCCGGCGGAGUAUCCUCGAGGAGGGGGACUCGACACCUCUCCUGGAGGAAGACCUCGAUAUCGUGACUUUGGGCGACUUCUUUUACCCCGGCGUGCGUUCUGCAGCACGUUCUGGAGUCUACUGGAGUUCAGGAGCAACGCUAUCUGUGUUUGGCUUGGUGCUGAUGGUUGUGAUCGCGGCCCUCCAUUGGGCUCCUCUCGGUACUGCACCGGCUCGCGCCAAACCAAACGGCCGGCCUGCGCAAGCCUGGGCCGGUGAAGGAAAUGAAUGGGGAAUCUCCUACGGAGACGGCGACGCGGAAGUGUCCGGGUCGUACGGCCGGAGCUACGACGAAGACAGGCAAGAAGAUGGGGCAGACGGUGACGACUCCGACGGCGAUGGAGACAUGCAAGGUCGUGAGGCAGAAGACGCGGAGCCAGAGCUCGCGCCAGACGAGCAGGAGAUCGUCGACCUUGGCUUGGAGGCAGCAAAAGAGAGCGAGGAGGCAGGCGACGCGGCCGCCGACCAGGCAGCCAAGGCAGGUAGUGUGGCGGCCAAAGAGGCCAGGGACCGCGACUGGAGCAAGGAGGACGCGGCCCGCCUGGCGUCCAUUGCUGCCAAGUCCGCCGGGUUGGCGGCCGGCAUGCCCAGCGCUGCCGCCAAGACGGCGGGAAUGCUGGCGGCCCAAGCACUGACAGUGGAGCCCACACCACCGCCCAAGCCCAUCCCACCGCGGGUGGAGUGCCGAACUGCCGUUCCAGUCUACGAGCAAGCCUGUGUGGACAAUGCGAUGUGGGCCAAGAACACCGGCAUCCACGAACACCCGGACUGGUAUGAAGGCCUCACUGCUGACUCGCCUCUCGCUGACUUCCAGGCGGCCGCAGUGAAGUCCGGAAAGUGCAAGUACAAGGGGUGUCCGGAUAACGGUAUCGAGUGCCUACCAGACGGAGCCGGCUGCGUGUCUGAUGCU